ACGAUAAGUUUUCUCUGGUAUAUUAUCCUACUAGGUACAUCCCUUCUUCCUCCCAGCUCUUUGACUAAUGCUUUUUCUUCUCUCUUUCACUCUUUGACUCAGUCUUCUCUGUAUCAAAAUAUUUAGUUAUCACUUCAUUGCCACAUAACUUUUCCUAAAGCGACAUACCCUAUACCAAUGCUUAUCUUAGUACAAUCUUCGUCUCAUUUUAUGUGAAAAUACUACGUACUAUUUUUGAGAGUAAAAUAACUUUCUUACUAGUAUGAUUUUCUCAAACUUUUAAAUUAUUAUUUUGAAUUAUUAGUUAUGUAGAUUUGUGGUGUUUUCGUGUAUCUUUUAGUAUGUAAAUUUUAUUUUAAAAGGAUUGAAAAAUCAUCUCCAAUUUCAUUUAAGAAAAGCGAGUAGUACCAUUUUAAAAUUAUUGACCCAUUGACUCAUGUGGAAUUAUGAUUCACCCACUGUUUUAUAUAGAACCUAAUUCUUCUAUGCCAGUACUAAGAGAUCGAUUAAAUAACUCCCUUAAGAUAUGUUAAUUAAGCUUGUUAAAGAACAGGUGCCAUUAUUUUUCUACUAAAAGGAUGUCAUGUCAGCUCGUCUCCCAAUAACUUUAAUAAAUCUGCUCCUAGAUUUCCUAUUACAUACUCUCGAAGCCCUUUACCAAAACUCCCAAGAACUCAACAUUAAUGGCUGAAGAAGAGAAAUCAAUACAAGACGAACUCUCACUUCCAAUUCUACUUGCUGACAGAGUAAUCAAAUCAGCCCAAGAAGCCGAAUCAUACAAACAAGAAUGCACGGACCUCGCUCGCCACGCUACUCAACUAAGCCAAUUCCUUCGUGCAACAGUUCGUCUCACACAAUCCCAGUCCCUUUACGACAAGCCCAUUCGUCGUAUAACAAACGAAGUCACCAAGACACUAGACCGAGCCCUUACACUUGUCCGCAAAUGCCGUCACAAACCAAAUCUACUUCGUCAUGUUCUUUCCAUUACUUCAACGACUGAUUUCCGUAAGGUUUCGACCCUUCUUGAAAAUUCUACAGCUGAUGUGAAGUGGUUGUUAUCUAUUUUUGACCCGGAUGCUGGCCCGACCCUUUCGCUUCCUCCUAUUGCUAGUAAUGACCCGAUUGUGGCUUGGGUUUGGUCUUAUAUUGCUACUAUUCAAAUGGGGAAUUUACAGUACAGAAUUGAUGCUGCUCAGGCAUUAGCUAACUUGGCUUUGGAUAAUGACCGGAAUAAAAAAAUGAUUGUUGAAGAGAAGGGGGUUCCGCCUUUGUUGAAGUUAUUAAAGGAAAGUAGUUCAGCUGAAGCACAAAUUGCUGCUGCUACUGCUUUGUAUAACUUGGCUGAUGAUGAGGAAAGAGUUAGGGCGAUAGCGAAUGAUCUUGGUGUUCAAAUUGUUGUUCAGGUGCUUACUGAAUCGCCAAUGAGAGUUCAAAUUCAUGUCGCGAAUUUGGUUUCAAGAAUGGCUGAUUUGGACACGUAUGCGCAGGAAGAAUUUGGAAGAGAGAAUAUAACGAGGCCAUUGGUGAUAAAUUUAGGAAUGGAUGUAGUUCUUGAUGAACUGAAGGAUGCGCAGCCACGUAAGACGCCUAGUUUACAUUCUUUAGUUCAGAUAAAUAAGGAGAUGGCGCGGAAUCAGUUUAGUUUUCAUUCGAAUUCUAUGGAUGGGAGUAGUAGGGGUAAUAAGAAAGAGAAAGAUAGGGAAUUGGAGCCUCCUGAAGUGAAAGCUAAGCUUAAGAUAAGCUGUGCAAUGGCACUAUGGAAAUUGGCUAAAGGCUGUUUGUUGAAUAGCAGGAAGAUUACUGAGACUAAGGCUUUGCUUUGUUUGGCGAAGAUUAUUGAGAAGGAGAAGGGGGAAUUGCAGAUUAAUUGUCUGAUGACAGUGAUGGAAUUGGCUGCAGUGGCAGAGUCUAAUGCUGAACUUAGACGAUUGGCGUUCAAGCCUACUUCACCUGCUGGAAAGGCACUCAUUGAUCAGCUAUUGAGGGUGAUAAAUGAGGAAUCCGACGCUCCAUUGGUGAUUCCGGCUAUUAAGGCCAUUGGGUCACUGGCUAGGACGUUUCCUGCGAAGGACACACGAAUCAUUGAGCAUAUAGUGGCUAAACUUGGGCAUAGGAAUACUGAUGUUGCUGUGGAAGCAUGUAUUGCUUUGGGGAAAUUUGCAUGUCCAGACAAUUUUAAUUGCGUGGAGCAUUCGAAGGCAAUCGUUGAAUUCGAUGGAGUACCAAAGCUGAUGAAUUUGCUGAGGAGUGACCGAGGGCAGUUGCAUGAGCUUCAACUGCUCUGCUACCUUGCGUUGCACGUUGGUAAUAGUAAGGCCCUUGAGCAAGCGAGAGCACUGAGCAUCCUUGAGGGAGCUGCUCGUCAUGUACUUGCUCAGCGUCCUGAUUUAAGGGAGUUGUUUGCCAAGGCGAUCCACCAUCUUACUCUUUAUCAAACAGGAGGUCAUAUGCAUAGACAGGCUUAAUGGUUCAUCAUUGGGAUUCCUAUCCAAGCAGAAUGUCCUUAGCACUCCAUGCUUAUCAAAUAAUCAGGUUUGAAGCACUGUCCUGGCAAAGUCAUAUUUGGUAUUCCUGCAGAUUUUUCAGCUUCAAACCUUGCUCUUUGAAAUUGAUGUGCAUUUAGGGCGGAGUUACAAUAUUAGGUAUGGGUUCAGAUGAAUCCAAUAGCUUUUGCUUAGGCUGUAUUUGUAUCAGGAAAUCUGUUAAAUAUAUAUAAAUAUUUAGUUGGGAACCCUGUAACUAAAAUGAGCUAUUGGUUCGGUUGCAAGUUCAAAA